AGGCAGCAGGUAAAUCGCCGUCUCCCACCUUCACCCAUGGCGCUGCCCAUCAUCGGCCAUCUCCACCUUGUCGGCUCCAUACCGCACGUCUGCCUCCGUGAUCUCGCCAGGAAGCAUGGCCCCGACCUCAUGCUCCUCCGGCUCGGCGCCGUGCCUACUCUCAUCGUUUCGUCACCGCGUGCCGCUGAGGCCGUGCUGCGCACGCAUGACCACAUCCUUGCAUCGCGCCCACACUCCGUUGUCGCCGAUAUCAUGAUGUACGGCAUGUUGGACGUUGGCUUCGCACCCUACGGUGAGUACUGGCGGCAGACAAGGAAGCUCGUCACCACCCACCUUCUGAGUGUCAAAAAGGUGCAGUCAUUCCGCAGCGCCUGUGAGGAGGAGGUGAGCAUUGCCAUGGCCAAGAUCAAUAAGGCAGUCGCAACAGGUUCAACGGUGGACAUGAGUGAGCUGCUAAGCUCGUUCACAAAUGAUAUUGCGUGUCGCGCUAUAUCAGGCAAGUUCUUCCGAAAAGAAGGGCGUAACAAGCUGUUCCAGGACCUGAUCAAUGAUAGCACACGACUGCUAGGAGGAUUCAUCCUUGAGGAGUACUUCCCUGUCCUGGCUAAGGUUAGCGUGCUGAAGUGGGUUGUCUGUGCAAAAGCCGAGAGAAUGAAGAAGAGAUGGGCUGAUCUACUUGAAAAGGUGAUUGAUGACCAUGAUAGCAAGGACAGCGUGAUGCCUGAUCAGAAAGAGGGUGCUGAUUUUAUCGAUGUUCUGCUAUCUGUUCAACAAGAAUAUGAUCUAACCAGAGAGCACAUCAUUGCUAUGCUGACAGACAUAUUUUUUGGAGCAACAAGCACAUCAUCUCAAACCCUUGAGUUCACCCUUGUUGAACUUGUAAAGAGGCCACACAUGAUGAGGAAGUUACAAGACGAGGUCAGGAGUAACAUCAUACAUCGGGGAGAAGGAGCAUUCACCAAAGUCAACCAUAACAGCAUGAUUUACCUGAAAGCAAUCAUAAAAGAAUCGCUCCGGCUACAUCCUGUGGCGCCUCUCCUUUCUCCGCAUCAUGCAAUGGCUGAUUGUUGCAUCGAUGGUUACACAGUUCCGAGUGGCACACAAAUAUUUGUUAAUGCUUGGGCUAUUGGCAGAGACGCGAGCUCCUGGGAGGACGCAGAUGAAUUCAUGCCUGAAAGGUUUUUAGACGAUGGCAAUGCAGCACGUGUCAAUUUCAAGGGAAAUGAUUUCCGAUUCUUGCCAUUUGGUGCAGGACGAAGGAUGUGCCCUGGAAUCAACUUUGCGAUUGACAGCAUAGAGAUCAUGUUGGUGACACUUAUGUACUAUUUUGAUUGGGAGCUACCCCAAGGGUUGGAACCAAAUGAUGUUGAUAUGACUGAGGUGUUUGGGCUAACGGUGCGCAGAAGGGAGAAGCUUCUCUUAGUUCCCAAGUUAUCUAGCCACAUACAUGGACUGGAUAUUGCACCAUAA